CGCGCGCGCACUGAGCUGGAUGUCCGGGCUGCGGGCGCUGCUGGGAUUCGGGCUGCUGGUGGCGGGCUCGCGCCUGCCGCGGAUCACAAGCCAGGCCGGCGUCUGCCGCCAGAGACCUACCUGGUGGAGGCCGCAGCGGCAGGACUCGGGUGGCCGCAGGUACUCGGAGGUCAUGGCGAGCACCUCGGUGAAGUACUUGAGCCAGGAGGAGGCCCAGGCCGUGGACCAGGAGCUGUUUAACGAGUACCAGUUCAGUGUGGACCAACUCAUGGAGCUGGCUGGGCUGAGCUGUGCCACAGCCAUUGCCAAGGCAUAUCCCCCCACGUCCAUGUCCAGGAGCCCCCCCGCCGUCCUGGUCAUCUGUGGCCCCGGGAAUAAUGGAGGAGAUGGCCUGGUCUGUGCUCGACACCUCAAACUCUUUGGCUACCAACCAACCAUCUAUUACCCCAAAAGGCCCAACAAGCCACUGUUCACUGCGCUGGUAACCCAGUGUCAGAAGAUGGACAUCCCUUUCCUUGGCGAAAUGCCCUCUGAGCCCAUGGUGAUUGAUGAGCUCUAUGAGCUGGUGGUGGACGCCAUCUUUGGCUUCAGCUUCAAGGGUGAAGUUCGGGAGCCAUUCCGCAGCAUCCUGAGUGUCCUGAGUGGACUCACCGUGCCCAUUGCCAGCAUUGACAUUCCCUCAGGAUGGGAUGUGGAGAAGGGAAGCUCUGGAGGGAUCCAGCCAGACCUGCUCAUCUCCCUGACGGCACCCAAAAAGUCUGCAACCCAGUUCACCGGCCGCUACCACUACCUUGGGGGUCGUUUUGUGCCACCUGCUCUGGAAAAGAAGUACCAGCUGAACCUGCCGCCCUACCCAGACACGGAGUGUGUCUACCGCCUGCAGUGAGGGACUGUGGCAGCAGCCGUCCCAAUAAAGACCUAGUGCCUCUCUCUCCCAGAA